UUGCUUUUUUUCCCCUGGCCGUUUCUUUCCACACCUCCUUUAUCUCGUUACGUUUUCCUCUUCAUUCUGUCCUCUUCCUCCCUCUCCACCCCUUCUCUCACCAUUCCUGUUCUCCUUCCCAUCACUCCUUUCCAUUCUUCCACUCAUCUUCACCCUCCCCCUGUCUUAUCACCCCUGGUCUUCCUCAUCGUCCUCCCCUUUUCCACACCCAGCCUUUUGCACCGCCACCCUUCCGUCCUUAAUCUCUCUAACACACUCCCCUUCCUCCGCCUAUCUCACAGUUCUUCAGUUGCUCAACUUCUUCCUUCUCUCCCUCUCUCUCUACUGGCUCCCCAUCCUCGUCCUUCUCCCUGUUCUCUUCCUCCCUUCCUCCUGCGUUAUUCGGUCUCCGCAUCCUCAGAGUUCCAGUAACACCCUCGCCGAGCUGCGAGCGCUCAGAGUAGCGGCAGAGUGCAGCUCCUCACUGACCAUCGCUAGCAGGACUGCGGGAGGGGCUCGGUCAGAUGUCUGGAUCUGCGAUGGAUAGAGAGGGAUCAAACCUCCCAGAAAACCGUGAAACUUCCAAAGAGAAUUGUUCAUUGUUCAUUAACAGUCAAACUUCCCUUUCAGCAAGUGAUCAGCCUACGGAUGAUGGAACAUGUAAAGUUAUCAGUCCCAUACCAGAACAGAGGAAAGAUGCCACAGUACGGUCAGACCGCUCACCACGGCCUUCAAAAGAAACAUCAAAAGAAGAUGACCGCUGUGCCCAAUGCCUGUUAGCCUGCCUAUUUUGUGAACUGCUGUUCCUGUGCAAAUCCAUCCUUGAUACCACAUCAUGUGGUGGAUUCAAUACAUGCAGUUGCUGUGCUGAAGAUUUUGAAAACUACAAUCUGACUUGCUGUACGGAUUGUGAGGACCUGGAAGAAAGUUGUGUAAAUUCUGAUUGUAUUGGGAUUUGUUCUGAAUGCUGUGGCCUCUGUUUUCCUUCAUGAUCACUGAAGAGAAAACCUUUGAUCUGUGUUCUUAGUCUACAUGCUGAAUCUUGAGUUUUUGAAAUACUUUUUUUGAAAAAUAAGAAGGAAGUACAUUCAUGUGUACAAAUAAAGCAGAUUACAAAUACAAAUCUCAUAUAACUUUAAUACCAAUAAACAGCAAAACAAUGCCCUCCGUAAAUGUACUAUUGCAUGUUUCGAUUUAAUGUGCAUUAUUUCUGCCUUUGUUUUUAAAGUCACAGGAAUGUAGAUAUUUAAUGAAGGUACUAAUGCAUCAACAAAUUAAUAUACCAAUGUUUAAGCACUAAAAUGUGAGUACGCUUUGAAAUACAUAUUCCAAUUAAAAUUAAUUACUGAUCACAUGCAAAUUUAGGAUGAUUUCCUUUAUCGCAUGAAA